AUGUUGCCUGCAGAUAUGACAGUGAGUUUGCGCUUUAGUGGGAAUCAACCACUUUGCCACUUUCUCGGUGUCCACCCCCCAAAACCUCUGCGUCCCUGCAUCCAGCGCCAGGUGACAGAGAAAGCCGCUCUGAGUAGGCUGCAUAGCCCCGCAUCACCCAUACUUAACAGGACCACAACCAAAAGCGCAGUAAAGGCAGAGGCGAGCAGCCGCAGCCCAAAACGUGUCGUGUUUGCUGACUCUAAAGGACUGUCCCUUACCGCCGUACGGCUCUUCUCCCAACAAGAAGAAUGUCCUCAAAUUAAGCCGUUACCAGGGCGGUGGAAGCUUUGUGUGGUUAAAAAGGACAACGAGGUUGCGUCUGCCCAAGGCCCCCGGUUUCGUCUGGGAUUUCAGCAGCCUUCGGCGGAUUUCCAAACUUUCCGUUCGCGUCUGCAGGAAGCUUUGGUGCUCCUCGAGAGCUGUACGGUCGCAGAGCGCACGCUUCGAGGCACGGUCCGCGUGCGCAACGUCUGUUACGAGAAAGCAGUCCAAGUGCGUGUGACCUUUGACUCGUGGGCCACUCACCGCGACGUUCCGUGCACCUAUCUGAAUCAGCACUACGGCAUACCCGACACUGACGUUUUUGAAUUCGACAUCGCCCUACCCGUGCGUCUGGACGCGCAGAAACGGAUAGAGUUCUGCGUGUCAUAUUUACCUGAUGGAUUCAGUGAACCUGUGUGGGACAACAACUAUGGACAGAAUUAUAUCAUCAGUGUUCGUGACAGAACCUAA